AGUUCACACGUUCACCAUCAGAAGGAUCAGUGGCAGGACAUUUGAAUAACAAUUCACACUCUGUCUCACUUCUCCUGCUGUCCUCCAUCUGUCCCCCUCUCUCUCUCCUCUUGCCCCUCCCUCUCUCUCCCGCUCUCACCCCCCCACUCCAAAGUGAUUAAGGUGCCACAAUACUGAUGGUCGUCCUGAUGGUAUGGGGAGGGGGGUAUGAGAGAGAGGGAGAGAGAGAGAGUACUGGUGUUUUAUAUUAGAUUUCGAUGAGAUGCUCAGUUACCGACAGCAACGCAACAAUGUCGCAUGAGCACUGUAAACAGGAGCUACUGACUAUUUCCAAUGUUCCUCUGGCAGACUGCCCCCCCUCCCCCCCACGUACUGCACCCCCCACCAUGAAGUCGGCCCACUUCUUUGACCAGAUGGACAAAAUGGAGCAGGUGCCGGAAGCAUCCAAGAUGAAGACAAUCCCUCAGAGACAGAAGGACGACUACAUUCCUUACCCAAGGAUCGAGGAGGUGUUGGAAAGGGGGCCCCCGUACCCUCAGGUCAUCCUACCUGUGUUUGGAGGUUACUGGAUCGAAGAUCCUGAAGCUCCUCCCACUUCUCUGGAGAGCACAACAGGGGAGGCAGAGGAAGAGGAAGAGGGGGGAGGUUUGAGGGGAGGAUUAGAGGAAGAAGACACACCCGCAGAGGAUUAUGGGUACCAUCUGGAGGUGAAGAACAAAGCUGUGCGGGCGUACAGGAAACACUUCUUGGGCAGGGAACAUCUAAACUUCUCCUGUGCGCUCAGCAGCGUGGGAACUCUGCUGCUGUCAGUGAGACACGAGGAAGAGGAGGAGGAUGAGCACCUCCAUAUUAUCAUCAGGUCUCGGCUGAAAAGUGUCUAUCACAGAUUAUCACUGAGUGACCUGCCUGACAUUCCUAGUGUGCCACAGCUAGCCAAGCUCCUGUGUGAUGAAGCAGCAGCUCUGCGUUUCAGUCCCGUCCUCUACCCGAAGGCGUCGCAGCUCAUCGUCAACUACGACGAGCACGAGGUCAACAACACCUUCAAGUUCGGAGUCAUUUACCAGAGAUUUGAACAGGUUUCAGAGGAGGAGUUGUUCAGGAACAACAAGGAGACGUCAGCGUUCACAGAGUUUCUGCAGCUUCUGGGAGAAACUGUGGAUCUGCAGGACUUCAGAGGGUUUCGAGGAGGUCUGGAUGUUUCCCACGGUCAGACAGGUUCUCAGUCCGUCUACACCGUCCACAGACGGCAGGAGAUCAUGUUCCAUGUGUCCACCAAGCUGCCUUUCACUGAGGGAGACACACAGCAGCUUCAGAGGAAACGUCACAUUGGAAAUGACAUUGUGGCGGUCGUAUUUCAAGAGGAAGCCACGCCCUUCGUCCCCGACAUGAUCGCCUCCAACUUCCUCCACGCCUUUGUCGUCGUGCAGGUGGAGGAUCUGGGUUCUGAUGUCACCACAUACAAGGUGUCCGUCACUGCGCGAGAAGACGUUCCUCCGUUUGGCCCGCCCCUCCCCAAUCCUGCCGUCUUUAAGAAGGGUCCAGAGUUCAGAGAGUUUCUUCUCACAAAGCUCAUCAACGCUGAGGUGUCGUGCUACAAGAGCGACCGCUUCGCCCGACUGGAGGAGCGCACUCGCGCCGCCCUGCUGGACGGCCUCCACGACGAGCUGCACAUACGUUCCCAGAGCAUGCUGGGUAUGACAUCAGGCGUGGAGGAGGAGGAGCGAGUCGAGAACGGCCACGCCCACGGAGGACUGCUGGAGUCCAUCAAGAGGGCGAUGCGAGGGCGGAGUGUCUCCAUGGAAACAAUGUCGAGGGGUGGGGCCGGUCUGCCCACUAGCCUGAGUGGGGGCGGUCUGGCACACCUGAGCACAGAGUAUAACGUGAAGUCUCCGGUGAAGCGCCGCUCUGGUCUUUUUCCUCGCCUGCUGAGCGUCGACAGCCAAACAGAGAGACAGAACCAGAGAAGUCUCCUCAGUGAGCAGAGGAGCUUCGACGGCUGUCAGCCGACGCUGGAGGUGAAGUCAGAGCUGCCGUCCAAUCCCAGCUCCCCGGAGGCGGGACAACGCGACAGGUUUCACGUGAAGAAGAGCAGUAAAAUCUCCAGAUCCACGUCCAGCACCUGCAGCUUCAGCGUGUCCACUGAGGACACUCACCUGGUCGCUCAGGCUGCAGAGGGUCAAAGUUCAACUCCGCUCAUCGUCUGCCGCAGCCCUACAGACAUGAGAAAUAAAAACUCACCGCGAUCAAACCUCAGGUUUCGCUUCGACAGACUGAGUCACUCUGCGGCGCAGGGACAUUAGGCUGAGGACGCCGCAGUGGGAGGAGCUUAUCUGUGCUGAGUUUCCACGACAACAACAACAAAAGGAAGAUUCGGAUGACGAGGAUUUAUCAGUUUUCAGAGGUGGUGGAAUCACCAGUAACCAAAUCACUUUAUUAUUUUAAGGUCCACUUCCUGUUACACCACUUCUACUUUUCUUGAUUGAUGACGAAUGAACUGCAAGGUUUGUGCUUUACUCACACUUUUACUUUUUCUACUUUAAUUGUAUUUUGAUGCAAAUACUUUUGUAAUUUUACUCUGAGAAAAUCUUUAGGUUUUUCUACACUGUGGUGUUACACUGUGUUGUUUCACUUCCCUCCAGUUACCACGGCAACGCUCCACUUGUUAGAGACUCAACCACCAUGUGACACUUGUGUUUCUAAACAUAAACAGCUUGAAUAUUUGUUUUCCUGGGGGGUAUUCCAUCAACGUAGCUAAGAAUUGCCAGA